GCACGGUCGAGUAAAAGUACGUACUACGGAGGAAGAACGGGCAAGAAAAGAGAAGGAACGCCAAGAAAAGCUUAAAAUUUACAAACAUGCUAUGCAACAAAUAUUUCUUAAGAGAAAAGAAGGUGAGCUAGAUAAGAACCUACUAGAACUGACUGGGAAAGUUUUGUCAUCGAAUCCUGAUAUUUAUACACUCUGGAACAUCAGAAGGGAAAUUCUUAUAAUUUUGAAGAAAGGUGAUGAAAGUGAAGAGGAACUGUCUCAAUUGUAUGAUGCCGAGCUUCAAUUAACAGAGUAUUGUUUGAAAAUAAACCCUAAGUCUUACUGUGCAUGGCACCAAAGAGAAUGGGUGCUAACAACUAGAGCUAACCCCAACUGGGAGAAGGAGUUGUCUCUGUGCAAUAUGUACCUGAAGUUAGAUGAAAGAAAUUUUCAUACUUGGGAUUACAGAAGAUUUGUUGUCAGCCAAUGCAAGCCGCCACUGAAAGAUGAAUUUGACUUUACGACUGAUAAACUAAUGGACAAUUUCUCCAAUUAUUCUGCCUGGCAUUAUAGGAGUAAAAUGCUUGUGGAACUCUACCCUGAUGUUGAAGGUGGACGUCCAAUUGAGGAUAGUCAUCACAAACAUGAGUUGAAAAUGGUCCAAAGUGCAGCUUUUACUGAUCCUGAUGACACUAGUGCAUGGUUUUAUCAAAGAUGGCUGCUGGGUGCCGUUAAAACAAACAUAGAGGUGGCAGUUUAUACAGUAUCGCCAUCGAAAACAACAGUAGCAUUUAGUAAGCCAGUGAACCAAUCCUAUGUAGCUUCUAAGAUUAGAUUAUUUAUCAAUGAUGAGUUAGUAAAUGGUGAAUGGCAGUCUUGUUCAGGAAAUCAAUAUGAUGUUCUGUGGAUUUUUAAACACAAUACUGAAAUCACUGACAGUUUAAAUGUGCAGAUGGAGUAUGACAAUGAAAAUGGGGAUGUUCAGAAAAUUCCCACUGUUAAACAAAAUGGCCAAACUUAUGUUGGCAAAGGAGAAAUCGAUUUCCAAAGAAAAUACUCAAAACCAGUCAUUGAAGAACUAAUUAAUCAGUUAGAUUCUUGUCGUCAGUUGUUGGCGAUGGAGCCUGAUAAUAAAUGGACUCUUCUUACAACUACAGUGUUCCUACAUUGUAUUGAUGCAAAGCAAUAUCACAAGGAGAUUAUAGAAAACUUACAUACAUUGAAAACUAUUGAUAGUUGGAGAGCUGGUUACUAUGAUGACUUGAUUACUAAAUGGAGUUUAGAAGAUCAACUUGCAAUUGAUUACAAUAAUCAUUCUAUAGAUUUCAAAAUCAAGUUUGAUGAUAAAAUCACGAGUUUACCUCACUUGCAGUACUACAGCCAUUGUGAAAAUGUUGAUUUAUCUAAUCAGAACUUAUCGUCUAAUGUGUUAGCUUCAUUAGAAUUGCUUCAAAAUUGCAAGAAACUUUCAUUAGCAAACAAUCAGCUGACAACAUUACAGAGAUUCCCUAAUUUAAUACUAGAGGAGUUAAAUUUAACAGGAAACAAAGAUUUAGAUCAAGAGGAACUGGAAGUGUUCAAGAAAAACUGCAACUAUUCCGUUAUAUUCUGA